AAAACCCAUAAACCGUUCGUGAACAAUAAAUUAACGUGGCCGUAACUUGUAUAGGAAAACCCACGGCCUCUGAUGACCGAUUAACUGUCUCUCAAUACCUACUUAAUUACUCGGUAAUAUUUCUAGAACGGGUUGAAAUUAAAUACAUCUGCUUCAUUUCAUAAAGUGAAUUUAUUUGAAAUAUUUUUUUGAAUAUUUGCGGUGUUUGUAGUUGUAUUUUAUAUUUUACCUGCAUACAAUGAAUAUGUCCAAGUUAAAAAUAAGUGUAACUUCUGCCGUGGCCCUCGGGGUUGCCGGUUUAACUUACGUAGUCUUACAAAAAUUGAAAACGAAAACCGCUGCAGACGCCCUUAACUACUUGACGAUUGAAGUUAUUGGUUCAGAAAAGGAGUGCGAGCAAGCUGUCGCGAAAAUCAGAAGGAAAUGCAGUGAACAGGGCGCCAUAGGUUUUGAUUGUGAGUGGGUCACAGAGCAGGGAAGGAGGCAGCCCAUAGCUCUACUGCAGCUGUCCACUCAUGAUGGCUAUUGUGCUCUGAUACGAUUAAAUCUAAUUAAAUCAAUACCCAAAACAUUACAAGAACUUUUGGAAGACAAUAGUAUAUACAAGGUGGGGGUGGCUCCGAAGGAUGAUGCAAGGUAUUUAGCCCAAGACUAUGGAAUAUACAUGCAAGGCACUUUGGAUAUAAGACAUUUAGUACUUUUGUGUGGUUACCAAGAUGGCGGGCUGGCAGCACAAUCUAAAUCGCUGCUGGGCAUUAUACUGGAUAAAACUUGGAGGAUAAGAUGUAGCGAUUGGGCGGCAGAAGUAUUAUCUGAAAGCCAGGUGAAGUAUGCAGCAGCUGAUGCUCAUGUGGCCAUCAAGAUAUUCGUAAAACUUAUCAAUCAUUAUAAUAAACGAGGCAUAUCAUUGUUUGGGGCAUAUGGCAGGAACAAUCAUUGGAAAGAUUUGAACAUUUGCAAAAGAUAUGUCGAUGUUCCAUAUAGAAGUAAAAAGAAUGAUAAACCUUCUGAUAAAAGUAACAGAACAAAGGACGCUAAACCUGUGAAAGAAACAGAGUGCAAACGCUACCCGCACGCGACGCGCUCCAAGCCGCUCUACCACAACUGCUUCCUGGAGGCGCCUGAUGGAGAGCUGCUUUGCACGUGCGACAACCAGAAAGCCAUGUGGUACGUAGUAAAAGAGCUAGCUGACGUGGUGAGCAAGGAGCCACUGAAGGUGCGCCUGCGCUUCGAGCCAGCUGGCCGCUCGGUGGGCGACGUGGGGCGCUACUACCAGCUCACCAAGGAGAACAAGUGCGUCGUGUGCGGCGCGCACGACUCCUACAUCCGCAAGAACGUCGUGCCCCGAGAGUACAGGAAGUACUUCCCGGAAAUAAUGAAGGAGCAUUCCUCUCACGACGUGGUGCUACUGUGCGUGUCGUGCCACCAGCUCAGCAACAUGCUGGACCGCACGCUCCGCGAGCGGCUCGCCGAGCAGUGCGCCGCGCCGCUCGCCUCGCACGGACACAGCAGAGUCACUGAAGACGUUGACUGCAAGAAGAUCCGAUCAGCCGCGCGUGCUCUGCUGUACCAGGCGCGCAAGCACGUGCUCCCCGAGGCACGCCGCGCCGAGCUCGAAGCCGUCAUCCUGCAGCACUACUUGCAGCAUGACGUCAUCACCGAGGAGUUGCUGAAGGAAGCGGCGGAAAUACAAGUUGUGUUUGAGAACGAAGACUACGAGUCCCACGGGCACAAAGUGAUGGAGCACUACAUGAACAACGGCGGCGUGCUCCGCCUGGAGGAGCUGUGGAGGGAGCACUUCCUGAGCACCAUGCAGCCCCGAUACAUGCCCGAGCUGUGGUCUGUGAAGCAUAAUGAGGAGAGGUUAACUGUACGUUUAAAAGAAGGACGAUUAUCUGAUGAGGACAAAAAACUGCUCGGCCUCUCUAUAUAAUGAAAAAAUAAACAUUUGUAUGUUUAUCUUUCAUAGUUUUUUUAUUUGAAGACAGUUGCAGAUCAGAAGAUUGCUCGUGGUAAAAAUAUGAGUGUUGCCAUUGUAAAUUGUAAAAAACAUUACUUGUAAAAAUGUAAUUAGCAACAUACGUCAUAAAAUAUUUGUAAAUAAAAAUUUAUUUUUUCA